UAUAUACCAAUACAUACAUACACGAAGACACGGAGAAUUCAUUGCUGCUCGUCGCUAAUAAUCCUUACGCAUUAUAUACACAUUUUGAACAAUCGCCGCGGUCUCUCUCUUUCGCACACGCUUCAUACGAUACGCGAUACAACUGCAUACGAUUUCGUCAAUUUCUCGAAUUUACUCUGUCCCGCAGUGCAUUAAUCAAGGAAGAUCGUGUGGUGGUGUCGAGGCAACCGAGAAGAGACAUCGAGCGCGAGAGAGACGAGGAAGAAUCGUCUGCAAAAUUCAACCGUUCAGGGCCAUGGCGACGAACAUUGCAGCCCAACGUAUUAAACGAGAGUUCAAAGAGGUUAUAAAGAGCGAGGAGGUGGCACAAUGUUCUAUUAAAGUGGAGCUUGUAAAUGACAGCUGUGUAGAAUUGAAGGGAGAAAUUGCUGGACCUCCAGAUACCCCAUAUGAAGGUGGAAAUUUCGUUCUUGAAAUAAAAAUUCCAGAAACAUAUCCUUUCAAUCCUCCAAAAGUAAAAUUUACAACAAAAAUAUGGCAUCCAAAUAUAUCAUCAGUGACUGGAGCCAUUUGUUUGGAUAUAUUAAAAGAUCAAUGGGCUGCAGCAAUGACUUUACGCACUGUAUUAUUGUCCCUGCAAGCACUAUUAUCAGCAGCUGAACCAGAUGACCCACAAGACGCAGUUGUAGCAAAACAAUAUAAGGAACAUCCAGAAAUGUUUAGACAAACUGCUAAACAUUGGACUUCAGCUUAUGCUGGUGGACCAUGUAAAAUGCCCGAGUUGGAUGAAAAAAUUAGACGACUGACUGAUAUGGGAGUUGAGGAGCACCAGGCUAGAGUUGCAUUAUCAACAUUCGAUUGGGAUCUGGAAAGAGCAACAGAACAAAUCUUCAGUUAGUGAUGACUAUAGUCUAACAGCUUGAACCUUAUAGAUCAUCAUUUUUGUUACUUAAAUUAUUCUUGCAACAGGCUAUCAAAGAAACUCAUAAACUGCCAUAAUAACCAGCAAGUUCAAGUGCAAGUGACAAUUAAUAUUUUAAAGAAUUUCAUGAAAGACUAGUUAAUUGUUCAAUGGCUGAUAGUUUAUAAUUAUUAUGUAAAAUAGGAGCUGAAAAAAGUGAAGAUAAUGAACGAAACGUUGUGGGUGUGCAAAGUAAAUUUCAGGUUGGUGUUGCACUGUAGAUGCAUUUCUUAAAAAAUUAAAUUUGUUACAACAGAUGGUGUUACUAAAAUUCGUAUAGAAUCGGUCACAAAGAGAGCUUGAAGGGCAAGUUUUUGUCAUUGAUUUUUCCUUUUUUAUAAUAUCAUACACUGUAAUUUUUGUAAAUGUGAUAUUUAUUCAUUGACCAGGUU